UGAUUACUCUUUUUUUUCUCGGAGAAGCGCACUCACACUUCCGUCCUUGUGUGUCCUUGUUUCGCAGCGUGUUGUGGCCUGUUAACACUCGUUGCAACGCGAAAACAAUUGUUGUUUUCGCGCACAGAAACAAACCGGGCACAAUUGCGCUCAUUUGGAUACGGGAACGGCAUUAAAGUAUUGAUAACAUUGCGGUGAAAAGAGUGAAAAUUUUCAUUGAUAAAAAAAAGUUUCGGUAGAGAAGUUGGCGUUCUAUGAAAUUCUCUGUUGUGGUCAAUACAGUCGUAGGAAAGACUCGUAAACAUGAAUGCUCAUAAGACUUAUUCAUUUAUAAUAAACUUGUACAAACUUAUUUGUGCGUUGUAAAUAAUACAUUCAAUGAUUUGGAAAUUCACUUUGCAUAAAACAUCGACUUGGGUGUUCAUUGAAAAUAAUCUUUUGGCUUUUGUGAACGAUCAAAGUGGCUCCCGUGGAGUUUGUCGAUCGCAACAGCAAAAUUGGCUCUAACACGGAUCCCGCAAUGGUCAUACGGUCAGAUGGUAGCAGCAGCGAAACCCCAACUCUAGUGGAAGGGGGCGAGGCUGUUGGCCAACCACACAGUCCUCACAAUAAAGUCCAUACGAGUCACAAUCACAACGCCCAUGUCAAUUCUCAUGGGUCUCAAAGUCAUCAUCACGAUAAGUCUAAGCAGGCGGUUAAAUAUGGCGAACUAGUCAUCCUUGGUUACAACGGUUAUCUUCCACCCGGUGAUCGUGGCCGAAGAAGAAGUAAAUUUGUUCUUUUGAAAAGAGCAACAGCCAAUGGUGUCAAAAGAAGCAAACACUAUAUUGUUAAAACGCCACACAGCUCGCAAGCCAUCCUAGACACGAAACAGCACUCGAUCUCGUACACGCUUUCAAGGACGCAAGCUGUGAUCGUAGAAUAUACCGAGGAUGAAGACACUGACAUGUUUCAGAUCGGUCGAUCCUCGGAACCUCCUAUUGACUUCGUGGUAAUGGACACAUCUGCAGGAGGUGCUGAUGGCGCAUCUGCAGUGAGUGAAGGUCGCGUUGCACAGAGUACUAUCAGUAGGUUUGCCUGUCGAAUUCUUGCAGAUCGCGAUGAUCCUGGAAUUGCAAGAAUUUACGCAGCCGGUUUUGAUAGUUCUAGAAAUAUUUUCCUAGGCGAAAAGGCGACAAAAUGGCAAGAAUAUCGAGAGAUUGAUGGACUGACAACAAAUGGUGUAUUGAUAAUGCACCCUCGGGGACAAUUUUAUGGGGGAGAGGCACAAUGUGGAUGCUGGCGAGAAGUUAGCGUUGGCGGCGGAGUUUUCACUUUAAGAGAAAGUCGCAGCGCUCAACAAAAGGGCAAUCUUGUCGAAGACGAGAAUAAUAUUCUUAAAGAUGGCACUUUAAUUGAUCUUUGUGGGGCUACAUUGCUCUGGAGAUCAGCGGAGGGACUCGCUAAAUCUCCCACAAAACACGAUUUGGAGGCGCUGGUAGACGCUAUAAAUGCGGGACGGCCGCAAUGUCCAGUUGGCUUGAAUACGCUGGUGAUUCCUCGAAAAUCUUCAGCUGAGCCUGUACCACAGCCUCACGCUGCUCAGCAGCCUUACGUUUAUUUAAAAUGCGGGCACGUGCAAGGUCAUCACGACUGGGGUCAGGAGAAGGACAAGGCGACAAGGAGAUGUCCUAUGUGUUUGAUUGCUGGUCCGAUAGUAAAAUUGUGCAUGGGAAUAGAACCAGCAUUUUACGUUGAUAGUGGCCCACCAACGUAUGCAUUUAGCCCCUGUGGGCACAUGGCAACAGAAAAGACUGUAAAGUAUUGGGAAAAGGUAGCUAUCCCACAUGGUACAAAUGGAUACAUAGCUAUUUGUCCUUUCUGCGCGGUUCCGCUGGAAGGAAGUCCAGGAUACGUGAAGCUCAUAUUUCAAGAUCAUGUAGAUUAGUGUUUAUUUGCACGAGAGUUGAUUGAAAAUAUGUAAUAUGUACAGAAGUCAUUAUUUUUUAUUCCGGUUCGAACGAUGAAAUUCCGGAUUUUAGAGCCUUAUUGCUGUAAGUUAUUGAAAUAUUGAAUUUUAAAAGUUAAGCUGCGUGCAUUGAACGAAGAUUGCUUUUUUGGUUUUCUUUGAUCGGCACGCGUAGGUAGACCCCAUUGAAAAAUGAAACAAAACAAACAAAAUCUAGAUCUAUUUCAUAUUAAAUCAUAUUGUACAAAAAAAAAAAGAAGCUUUCUCGCAAUAUCCUUUUUAGGGCUUCGAAAAAUUCGUUUACCAAAGACACGACUUGCAUAUUCGCAUACUUCCAGUAUAAACUUUUAUCAACCUGCAUUCCACAGAUAUCGAUUAUUAUAUUCAUUUUUUUUUUUAAUUCAUUACAAACAUAAGAUACAUGUUAGAAUGAGAAAUAAAGUGUUUUUGAUCUAUGUAA